UCAGACAAAAGGCGAGACAGUCCGCCUCUCUGAUUGAACCCGAGCGAGCAGGGCCGGGGCAGGGCUGCAGAAAAAUAAAUGCAGGAUAUUCAAAUGUGAAAAAUAAACUGGAUUUGUCUGUCGUCAGCACUCGGUGAAGUCAUUAAAUGCUCUGCUGGGCUGGGACGUUUGCAAUAUUCACACGUAGCCUAAAGUGCCUUGCAGCGGUGGACCAGACUGUGUUACGCAGCAGCUGGUGCAUGUGCGCGUCCCUUCUCUCGCUGCUAACCAGCACCUGCAGCGUCACUGCUGCAGCCUAGCCUUCCCUGUGCUUUACGGCCCUGAGGAAAGUGACGCAACCUGCACGGAUGUCCCAGUACACAGACGAGCCGCGCUUCACCAUCGAGCAGAUCGAUCUGCUGCAGCGGCUGCGGCGGAGCGGCAUGACCAAGCCCGAGAUAGUCCACGCACUGGACACACUGGAGCGUCUCGACCGAGAGCAUGGAGACAAGUUUGGGCGCCGUGGCUCCGCCUCCUCCUCCUGUGGCCCUGCUCCCUCUGUAUCUGACCCUGCCCCCUCACAUGGCACAAAUGAAAGCUCCACCUCCCACAUGGCUAUCUCUACUGCCACCACCGCUACGCAGACUCAGUUCCUCUCUCCGUCACCAAGCAACAGCUACGCCACCUCACCACCCGUCUCACUGGUUGCUGUGACGCAAAAUGGGACAGCCAAUGGGAAACUGUCUCCACCCCGUUAUCCGGCAGGAAACGCGGCAGCGGCCGUGGCGGUGAGACCAUAUGGGUUUGAUGGAACAGAGGAAGAGAUGGAUGUUGAUGACAAGGUGGAGGACCUGAUGAGGAGGGACAGCAGUUUGGUGAAAGAGGAGAUCAAGGCUUUUCUGGCUAACAGGCGUAUCUCUCAGGCAGUGGUGGCCCAGGUCACAGGAAUCAGUCAGAGUCGGAUCUCCCACUGGCUCCUGCAGCAGGGAUCCGAUCUGAGUGAGCAAAAGAAGAGAGCCUUCUAUCGCUGGUACCAGCUGGAAAAGACCACUCCAGGUGCUACUCUGAACAUGCGUCCUGCCCCGAUGACCCUGGAUGAAAUUGAGUGGCGUCAGACUCCACCCCCAAUAAGUUCAGCCACAGGCAGCUUCCGUCUGCGCAGAGGCAGCCGCUUCACCUGGAGGAAGGAGUGUCUCGCUGUUAUGGAGAGCUACUUCAAUGACAACCAGUAUCCUGAUGAAGCCAAAAGAGAGGAGAUUGCCAACGCUUGCAAUGCUGUCAUACAAAAGCCAGGGAAAAAGCUGUCUGAUUUUGAGCGAGUAACAUCCUUGAAGGUCUACAACUGGUUUGCUAACCGUCGCAAAGAGAUCAAGAGGAGGGCCAAUAUUGGGUCUUUUUUCCAAGAAGCCACAAUCCUGGAGAGUCAUGGAAUCGAUGUGCAGAGCCCUGGCGGCCACUCCAACAGUGACGACAUCGACGGCAACGACUACACCGAGCAGGGUUGUGAUUUGCCCUACUUUGAGAAGAGACAGUUGGCCCGGCCGUUUGGGUUCUACAGGCUUGAGCCAACAUCGCCAACCCAGGAUGACAGCACUAACCAUGCAGACCAUCAAGAUCCCAUCUCCCUCGCUGUGGAGAUGGCAGCUGUCAAUCACAGCAUUUUGGCCCUGUCUCGCCCAGGGGGCGUGGCCAGCGAUAUCAAAACAGAGGCGCUGGACGAUGACUGAGGAGGGCCUGCUGGAUGGAGCUGUGUGUGUGUGUGUGUGUGUGUGUGUGUGUGUGUGUGUGUGUGUGUGUGUGUGCGUGCGCGUGCGUGCGCGUGCGUGUGCGUGUGUGUGUGUGCGUGUGUGUGGAGAAAUGGAUGUGUGCUGUUUUGUUUCCAGUGCAGAGGUCGACUCUCGUGAUGACUCCAUGCUGCUCAGACGUGGGUCAAUCUCUUCCUCUGCAUCCUCUCAUUACACUGUAUCUGAAAAUGGCCAUCUAGUCCAGGUUCUGUUCCUCAGCCUGGGACUGUGUUUAAAAAAAACAAAACAAAAACACACGAAGGUCCUCAUGUUUUCUGGAAUCUUCCACAGUGUGGGGCCGCCACCUCUGGCCCUUCCUUUAACCUGACCCCAACCUUUACCUCAUUCCGCUCCAGGAGUGUGUCGUGCUUUUUGCGUUUCGUCCCUCAUCGGUGCUUCCUGGAAGUGGCGUUGUCUUUUCCGCCGAUGUGCAGGAAUUUUUUGCGGACAUUUGACGUCGGUGUGUGAGAGUGUGUGAAGCUUUUUAGGUGGAAUGGAAAAGCGUGUGUGCUGCACAGCCUCGUGGAUGUGUACCAGACGUAAGACUUCUGCAUUGACUGACAGCUCUGUGUAUUUAGGCGCUUGAACACUUUUAUUCCCUCUUAAAGUUGGCUUGGUUUUAUUAUUAUUAUUAUUAUUAUUAUUAUUAUUAUUACUAUUACUUUUUAUUAUUUUAGAAUCGAUUUUAGUUCACGGUUCAAACAUCAAUCAGAUUUUUACGUACUUUUUUUUUUUUUUUUUUUUUUUUUGGUCAUGGGAAGAGGUGAACUGAAAUAUAAAUGAGCAAAAGUGAAACUAAUAAAAUGUGGUUUUAUAAAUGCCAAAGGAUGGAAACUUAAGAGUCCCUUGGACUAUAAAGCGAUGGUCAGCUGAAAGCCUCUAAACACAAAAUUACCAUAUUUUCUGGACUAUAAGGUGUAUGUUUUUCUUUAGAACGCUUAAAGAACCUUGCAGCAGAGGGUUUCCCAUUACAGAGACAGUUCCUAGUAGAACAAAAAGGAUUUUAUUUUUUUGCAUUAACCUUGACUGUUAUUUUUAUUACUCAUACAGAAUUCUGUUCUAUUAUAUCUGAGAAACUAGGAAAAGUUGCAAAGCUCUGGUUAAAUUGCAUUUUAUGAACUACAUCACUGAAAAUGGUAAGCGUGCAUCAGAUAGUAUUGUCUGGUUCACUUGCAUGACAAGUUGACAGUUUGUUAGGGGCUCGACAGGUAUACCUCAAACUGGCACCCAAAGGUAUAGGGGAGCCAUCUUGUGCUCCAGAGUGACCUCCAGUCCAGAAAAUACAGUAAUGGUGUUUCUAAUUUUAUUUGUUAAAUGUCCAGCUUCACCCAAAGUGGAUUGGAGAAAAUCCUUUCUUGUUUUUUAGUAUUUAUUUUCUUUUUCUAUGUUCAUAUCCAGAGAUUCCUGAGUAAUAAGCUAAACCUCAGUCAUGGCCUAAACACUUGUAAGUUCUCGUGCAAUGACAGCAGUAAAUCUGAGAUUAGAGAGAGAGAGAGAGAGAGAAAGAGAGAGAAAAAGAGAGAAGACUGAGUGCUCUUAUCUUAACCCUAAACCUCAUAGUCUGGCCAGUGCAUCAUCCUUUCUUGAUGCCAUUUGAUUUUGUAACAGUUUUGCAGUGUACAGGAAAGCUAAUAUGUUUCUGUUCUGCCACUUCAGGACUUCUGCUGUAGGCAUGUGCCGAUAAUCGGUUAGACGGUUGGUUAAAAUUCUCUUAGUCUCGAUGUUUUAAACUAUUAUUAUCUGGGUUCCAUUGGUGAGAUAGGUAGUGGUUCGUUCCCCCCCCGACCACCUCUCUGAAGGAAAUCCCAUAAUUCUGUUCAUGGGCCAAGAGUUCUGUGUCUAUACUCUUUUUAACAUACUCUCACUGACUUUCCCUUGGACUCCAUUUUAAAGGCCAUUCCAUUACUGUAUUAGUUUAAGUGAAGUUUAAUAGAAAAUCUGGACUUCAGGAGCAGAAUCUGCCCAGAAAUCAUUGCAAUCUGCUGCAGCAUCAUUUUAGUUUGCCAAAAGAAAUUGGACGAAGCUGUAUGCCAGAGAAAAUAAAAUAUAGUGUAUUAAUUAAUAUCAUAAAAAUCAAAUAUUUGACUGAGCUUCAUGUCAGUAGACUAGUGUGCAAAUGACGAAGGACAAUGCUUCCUGCACGGUUGUGCUUACUUCCAAAGGCAGGUGCAUUCCUAGUUUAAAGUUCGCUCAUCGUUGUUCCCUUCUUCAGCAUGUGGCUUGUAUUAGCAACUCUCUGUUCCCACUUUUACUAUUUUCAAACAAUACUGAUAUAGGACCUCUUGGGUAUCAGAGCUGAUACCUGAUACUAACAUCCUCAUAGUAACCGAGCGCCUCUCUGCAAGCAUCAUUUUAUAAAACCUCACAGUCACGACAGCGGUGUGCUUAAAAACGUUUAUGUUGUAAAGUUUAUGUCCGUUUUCGCAUUUACAAUUCCGAUCCAGUGUUUCAGGGCAGUAUUGAAAUCAAUACUGAUACUCAGUAUCGGAUCGAUACAUCACACAUUAAAUCAGUAUCGGCACAUGCCUAGUCUGCUGUUAACUAACGCAGGCUCGGUACACUUUCCAAUAUGUAGCUAUUUUACUCAAUAAUAAUAAAAAAAAAAAAAAUCUAAAAUAUAAACCUCGUUAUAUUCAAUAUGAUUUUAUGAUUUGUCCUUUCUCUUUCCCAGUGUAAAAAAGCUGAGUGAUAUUUAUGAAAUGCAGAAUUAACUAAUCAAGGGUUCUUCUUCUUCUUUUAUGUCGUAUAUCUUUUUUUUUUUUUUUUUAAAUUUGUUAUUUUUUUAAAGAGCAGUCUCUCUGUGUGUCAGAUAUUUUCAAGCAUAUUUUGAAACAGAAAACAGAGCACCCCCUGUUGAAAGUAAAAGCAGUUCUUGAAGCCACGCGAGCAGUCAGUAACCGAAAGCUAAAGCACUGUUUCUUGAAGAUGCUGUUGGAAAAAAUAUUUUGAUUUAUCCUCAUGGCAUGUUAACUGAGCAGUUGAGGCUCAGGAUUCAGAAGCUAGCUCUCUGGCAGUCCUGAAAUUUGAACUUGCAACCUCCUGGUUACUCGCAUGUAACCACCUUCACUGAGCUACACACAAAGGAGUUUUUGUUACUGAAAUGUUUUUUCCAGAAGCAGAGAAUCAUAAACUCUUCACUCAAAAUGAGUUUAAUCCUAGCUAGCAUGUUAUUACUCCUCAAUUGCUUUAUAGAUUCAUUAAAUAAACCUAUUUUAAUGCAAAUCAGGGCUUGGAAGCAGGAAAGUUAGCAGUGAAUGACAGAAAGUAGUAAGCUAAGUAGUAAGCUUUAUCAUAUGAUUUUGCUAAUAUACUUUUUAUUCAAAUAUUGGUUGGAUACUACCUACAAUGUUUUUUAUUUGAAUUAGUGAGAUUAGAAACCUUGGUUAGCUAGAUACCAAU